CCUGGCGGGGCGGGCGUCGGGUUCCGCUUCCCAGGCCGCGCAGCGGCGGCAGCAGCAGCUCCUCCUCCUCCUCGUCCUGCUCUUUAUGCCGGGCGCGCGCCUCCAAAGCCGGCUGCUUUAUAAAGGAUCCGCGGCGGGCACCCCGAGGGGUCCGGGGCAGGCGAUGCGGGCGAGCGGGGGGCGAGGCGCAGCGGCUGCAGAAGUACCCAUCACAUCUCCCUGUAGGCUGCAGCAAACCUGAUGAUUUAGAGCCACCACAAAACCAGUGGGAAACAUGAAAACAAACCCUGUCAUCCAAGCUGCCAUUGACCUCACAGCAGGGGCUGUAGGAGGCACUGCCUGUGUGAUUACUGGCCAGCCAUUCGAUACCGCCAAGGUGAAAAUGCAGACAUUCCCUGCCAUGUACCGAGGGCUUGUGGACUGUUUUGUGAAGACUUACAAGCAAGUGGGGUUUCGAGGUUUCUACAAGGGCACCACCCCGGCUCUGGUCGCUAACAUUGCCGAAAACGCAGUGCUCUUCAUGUGUUACGGCUUUUGCCAAAACAUUGUGAGGAGAAUUGUUGGACUAGACAAGAAAGCUGAGUUGAGUGACCUUCAAAAUGCUGCUGCUGGCUCCUUUGCUUCUGCCUUUGCCACCUUGGUCCUCUGUCCCACAGAACUUGUGAAGUGUCGCCUGCAGGCCAUGCACGAAAUGCAGUUAUCUGGGAAGAUCGUGCACGGACACAAUACAGUUUGGUCAGUAGUGAAAGGUGUUCUGAAAAAGGACGGUCCCUUUGGAUUCUACCGCGGCUGGUCCAGCACUUUGCUGCGCGAAAUCCCAGGCUAUUUUUUGUUCUUUGGAGGUUACGAACUGAGCCGAACGUUUUUUGCAUUUGGAAGGCCAAAAGAGGAAUUAGGUCCUGUGGCACUGAUGAUCAGCGGCGGUUUCGGUGGCAUCUGUCUCUGGAUUGCUGUAUAUCCCAUUGACUGCGUCAAAUCUAGAAUUCAGGUCCUUUCCAUGGCUGGAAAACAGGCAGGCUUCAUGGUAACCUUCGCAAGUGUGCUCCGGAAAGAAGGUGUCUUUGCCUUGUAUUCGGGACUGAAACCUACGAUGAUUCGAGCGUUCCCAGCCAAUGGUGCAUUGUUCCUUGCCUAUGAAUACAGUCGGAAACUGAUGAUGAACCAGUUUGAUGUGUAAUAUUUUUUAUUGUAGACUUAAAAUCAUUGGAAACCUUUAUAGGUCAUGAGAGCUGCUGCAAGAACAAAAAAAAUCAAGUUUUAAAGAUUCUGGUUUUAUUUUUUAAAGUAUCAUGUUUUAAAUAAAUAUGUUGGGUUUUUUUCUAAACUUUGUGUGGUUACUUGUGUUCAGUGCCUAGACAACUGCAGAUAAUAAGAUCUCUUAAGAGAGCUUGGAUGGUCAACUAAUAUAAGACCUAUACAAGCA